AUGGAAGUAACAGAAAAGGAAUUACACACUUACGAAGCCAUGAGUGAUAAUAAUGCAGCUGAAUAUAAUAACGACAUUUCUGCGAUAGCCAGUCGAUUACGGGAAACACUAGAUAAUACGACAGGUUCAUAUAUAGAUAUUAAAUUAAUAGUCCAGGACUUGUUUAAUUUUGCGAUUCAUUACGGAGAAGUAGAGAACCAUAAUGAUAGUAAUUCAUUACAUAGUUAUGGAUGGAAUGGGAUUUUAACUCGUUGGGCUGUCACAUACGUUAAGGAUUUGAAACGUUUUCUGGAAGGAGUUAAUAUCUUGAUGUUAGGAAAUUAUAAAAUGGAGCAUCUCUUGACUAUAGUACUUCAUAGGACUCUUACAAAUCCCUUUAAUGUUUAUGAAAAGAAUGCCCAACAAAUUGGAGAUCAAUUGAAAAUUAUGCUAGAAGAAUUUGAUCCGGCAAAAGAGAACCAAAAUACUAAACGUGCUGUACCCUCACAUGAAUCCCCAGAUGGUCUAUCGGAAUCAAGAAUAACAGACCUCUUUCAUUCUCGUUUAAUUGAUCGAUUAUUUAGCUCAACCCCUGAUCCCAUAAUUGAAAUUAGUGACCCUUUUGAAGCUUCAAUUAUUCCUAAUCCAAUGGUUUGUCAAGAGAUGUUGGCUGAAAGUGGUGGUAUAAUAGGAGUACCUAGUGCACCAGGUGUCCAAUUACGAGUCCCAUCAUGCGUAUUAACGGAUAACGUCAAGGUUGCGUGUAAAGUCGUAUAUAUUGAUCAGCCUUAUGCCAUUGAAGUAACAGAGCCUCAUCUACCAGCUCAAGCAUCUCCAAUCGUUAUUCUCACACCAAAUGGUUACUGUUUUGCACCUUCAGAAACUGAUGCUGUAGAGUUGACUCUUCCGUUACCUGAUUUUGAAGAUAUUGCAAGCAGAUGUGGUUACGAUAAUGAGAUUAUCCAAAAAUUUCCUCUAUCUAUUUGGACUAGUCGUACAUCAGAGGAUGAAGAGCCUUGUUGGGAAAGACUACAUAUAACUCAUAAAAUCUCCUCUGAUGAUGACGGCUUGCUAUAUGUAACGUUUUCAAUUGAACACUUCUCCUUAAUUACGGUUUUGUAUGAUUUCGUCACAAAUUCGAUGCUGACAGCAUUUCAGUUAGGUCCUGCUAACCAUUACGAACGUAAAAUGACUUAUGUUAAAUGUAAUGCAUUUAUCGGCGAUACGGAAGAUGAAGAAGGAAACUUUGCUCUGAUUGUCACCAUUGCACCUAAAGGUGAAGAAAUGCAAAUAUAUGAACGUUUUAGUUCUGUUGUUGGCCAAUCCGAGGAACUAUUAUUAAACGUAGGCCAAUAUAAAAUUAAAAUUACUGGUAAAUUUGAGGCUGGGGAUUAUGCAUGGGCUGAUAAUAGUUUGGAAAAAACUAUUAAUUUUCGUGGAAGAAAUACAAAAGUAGAAUUUUUAUGUAAAUUUAUUGAUGACAGUAGUAGAUCUGGUCCAUUUGGAAGGGUUUCAAUUACUAAGAUACCAGAUAAGAGCGAAUCACCUCAGUCUGAAGUGCAAAGUCCAGCGGACCGUGAAGGCCACUUUAUUUUACUUAUGAAUCCAACAGAAGGCUAUACCGUCUUUAGACGAGAAAGUAUCCGAACCGUUUCUGGAGUAUCAGCAGUAUUUCCUUUAGUGGCUGAUUUAAUCAGUACGGAUUGGAAAGCGUUAGCUGACGCAUUUGGGCUGCGGUAUGAAGAUAUCAAACGAAUCGAAAAGGAUUAUGACGAUACUAAUUCUCGAGCUCGUGCUGUGCUCGAAACUUGGAAGUUAAGAGACGGUAGUAAAGCUAACCUACAAAAUUUAAUAGAAAUUCUUCAGAAAGAAAACUUUAAAUCGAUUUCGGAAGCAGUAGAAGAUAGAGUGAAGCGUAAAAUCUAA